UCAACUGCAAUAAUGACAUAUUUUUGUCAUCAGAUAAGCGAUGUACUGGAGACGCUUGGCUUGUCCAGCACAGAGAACACGCGCUGUGCACAUCUGUCGGGUGGACAAAGGAAGAGGCUUUCUAUAGCAGUCGAGCUGAUUGACAAUCCACCAGUCGUAUUCUUAGAUGAACCAACCACGGGUCUGGAUAGCUCUACAUCAGUGCAAUGUAUAGAGAUGUUAAAAAACCUAGCGCGAGACGGCAGAACCAUAGUUUGCACCAUACACCAACCCACCGCAUCUGUUUAUUCUAUGUUUGAUCAAGUAUAUAUUUUAGCAGAUGGUUUAUGUAUAUACCACGGGAGCAGCGCAAAUACCGUUCCUUAUCUCGCAUCCGUAGGCCUCCAAUGUCCAAAGUAUCAUAACCCCGCCGAUUAUAUUUUAGAAAUAGCGAAUGGUGAAUAUGGCAAGUUUAAUGAAGUGCUAGCUGAGAGAUGUUCUAAACAAAACGACGUAGAAAAGGCAGUUCCGCAAUCAGUUAGUAAUAGCAAAGAAGUCUUAACAUGUGGAAAGAUCUCAAUAAUUGUCAACCCACCACACGAACUGUAUAAAUUUGGUGUUUUAUUUAGGAGAUGCAUUACGCAGCAGUAUAGAGAUUGGACGGUGACACAUCUAAAAGUAUUGCUACAUAUAUUCAUUGGCGUAAUGCUUGGACUGUUGUUCGAGAAGGCAGGCAAUGAUGGAUCCAAGACCAUCAGUAAUUUGGGUUAUUUGAUAGUUUCAAUUGCGUACCUCUGCUACACUUCCCUGAUGCCCGCUGUUCUAAGGUUCCCCUCUGAACUGGUUGUACUGAAAAAGGAGAACUUUAACAACUGGUACGAUUUGAAAACAUAUUAUGCAGCGGUACUCGUCACUGGUAUACCUUUACAGAUCUGGUACAGUUUUGUGUACUCGGCGCCAUCUUACUUCCUAACGGGUCAGCCCCUGGAGUUCACCAGGUUCCUCAUGUUCGUGAUGGUGUUAGCUAAUGUCACGUUGCUCGCCGACGCGAUCGGCAACGUGAUUGGCACCUGCGUCAAUCCUGUGAACGGCACAUUCCUGGGCGCCAUUACGACGUGCGCGAUGAUUGCAUUCGCCGGUUUCCUGGUGCUGUUUGCGCACAUGAGCCCCGGCAUGCGGACUGUAUCACACGUCUCCUUCAUGCGGUACGCGUUCGAGGCCAUCGUACUCUGCAUAUACUCGGAUGGCAGGCAGCCACUGCCGUGUCCUGAAACGAAACUAUACUGCCAUUCACGGUAUCCUUCGGAAUUACUGAAGCAGUUCAGUUUCAGUAGCGGCAAUUACUGGCCCAACAUCGGCGUGCUAUUAGGAGAAAUAGUCAUUAUAAGGAUAGUUGCUUAUUUCACGUUAAGUAGAAUUUUAAGGAAAUCCAAUUGA